UCCCCCCGCACCUUUUGCCGCGGGAAGGCCCACCCUUUCCUUUCGGGUCGACAAGCCGGUUCCUGCCAUUGAGCCGCCAUUAUCGCCGCUGCCUGGCAGGAUGAAGAUCUGGAGCUCUGAACACGAAUUUGGACAUCCAUGGGAUACUGUAAUAAAAGCUGCAAUGAGAAAAUACCCCAAUCCUAUGAACCCAUCAGUGGUAGGAGUUGAUGUCCUGGACCGAAGCCUUGAUAAUCAGGGAAGGUUGCACAGUCACCGACUACUUAGCACUGAAUGGGGCUUGCCAAGCAUUGUAAAAGCGAUUCUGGGAACAAAUAGGACAGUUACAUACAUUAAAGAACAUUCUGUGGUUGAUCCAGUAGAAAAGAAAAUGAUACUUAGCUCCACAAAUAUAACGCUUACGAAUCUUGUAUCAGUUGAUGAACGCUUGGUCUAUACACCUCAUCCUGAAAACCCUGAGAAAACUUUGCUAACUCAGGAAGCAAUCAUUACAGUAAAAGGCAUUAGUCUCAGCAGUUACUUGGAAACUUUAAUGGCAAGCACAAUAUCCUCUAAUGCUAGAAAGGGUCGAGAAGCUUUAGAAUGGGUGAUCGGUGAAUUAACAUCGACACGCGAGAGCAUGAAGUCCGCAAUGGCAGCAGCUUCGAUGGAGGAUUGAUGAACUUUGACGAACUUUAUUUUUCCAUUAGAUGUUUUUUCUUGCUGAAACGGAUACUCCAUAGUUUUUAAAUAUAUAUAUAUAUAUAUUUGUUUAUAUAAUGAGACUUUUUCAGGAAAGAAGCUACUAGAUCUUCCCCUAAUUUUUGAAGCUUCUGUGGGAUCCCCUAUUUGCAUGCACUGCAGAUUAACAGCUAUAUUUUAGUUUUUUUCCAUGGCUUCUAACUGCAGCUGCCCAGUGUUCCCAGAGUACAGAAGCCUAAAGUGCCACUAAAGUAAGCGGCUAUCAAACUGCCAAAGUGGAUUGAGAAGCAGAGUCUACAUAAAUACCAAACCAUGCCUUGAUAAAAGAGCUGAGGGAAUAGGUCUAUUUUAUAUCCCAUUUUCUUUUACUUGCUACUUAAUAUUUAUUUAUUUUUCCCCUUAAAAUGGGCAGCUGCAGUUCUUUUGUAAAGGACAACGGUUCAAAAAAAAGCACUGGAGAUUUUGUCAGUCUCUAAUGGCUAGUUAAGUGGAAGGAGGAAAGAAAAUUACAGCACAGGAAGUUGACAGAGGCUUUCUCUGAUAAUCUCCCUAGCUGUGCCUCAUUUUGUUUAGCAGAGUCUGUAUGGGAGACUUGAGCAAACCUCAUUGAAACAGGCUCAUUCCUUGGUAGAAUGUGCUCUCUGCUAGAGGCCUCCUGAAACUUGGUCUUUGUAGGUACUAACAUUUCUUGGACUGAUCAAAUGCAGAGUCUGAAUAAAGUAUUCAGUAUUUACCUCCUAGUAUUUAAACUCCAACCACUGAUGAGGACAGAGAAUCAAUCAUUUUGCUAUAGCAAAAUGGUUUGAAUCUCAAUCUCUCUCUCUCUUGCUUUCUGCCAACUCUUGUUUUUUGAUCCAGUAGGUAAUUUAUUUUCAUAUAUAUGAAUAUUACUUUUGGUUGCUUUUGUGAAGGCAACUGAUACCUCAGUGGGAAGUGUUAGGACUGUUUUCGUCAUGCAAUUUUUAAUUCUAACAGACCUGCAUACAUUUGGAGCAACUUUUCUUCAUGUAAUAAAUUAUGAGUCUGAAAACGAAAUUUACAGCUCAAUUACAUUUCAUGCCCUGCUUUUGGAACUUUGCUUACCAGUUCCGUGGCAAUGCCUUUUUUGUGGUGGGCAGGAACAUGAAGCUGAGCUAUUCAUCCCAGAGAAGCCUUCACUAAACCAGUUCAAAUUGCAGUUCUAAAUUCCAGUUUCAAUGGAACUUUCUUCCAAGUAACAUUUUAAAAGUACUUCUAUUGAAGCUGAUGAGGACAAACUGGAGAACACUUGCUUAACUAGGUAAUGAUGGCUGUAGCCCCUCGAUAUUCUACACAGAACAGAAAAGAAGAAGGAAUAGGAAAACUGGUCUCCCCCUUUUUUUUAAAAUGGAAUAAUAUUCAUUUUGAGGCAUUUUGAAAGCUUAGUAGGUUUAUGUAACUUCAUAAGCAGUUCAUGGCAAUGGAUUUCAUAUAAUUUAAAGUUUUAAUUGGAUUAUUUUUUUAAAUAAAACUGAUUGGUAAAAAUGUGGUCUCUGGCAACUUCUGUAGAAUAGGAAGCUAGAAACAUCUUAAACCUAAUGCAUUUCUAAGCAUUUUGUAGUUCAAAACUGUAGCAGAAGAAAGGUGGAAAGCUGUUGACAGUAUGAUGAAAACAAAUCCUUCUCUUCGAAAUAUGUCUGUUUUGUAGUUUUUCCUUUCUAAAUUUCUAGCAAGAACUUGAAGAGGAAACAACUGAAAUCCUGUUUCUACUUGUUUAACUAAGGCGGGCAGGGCGUGGAGCAUCUUGAACUGUGACAAAAGUAUGAAUAAUGCUAAACUUCCACGUGGUUGAACUCUCUGUGAUGUUCUAAGAUCCUAUGGGAAGCAACUUAGCUGUAUGAGCUGCAUGUGUAUGGAAGUUAAUGAUGAUCAAUGGUUACCACAGGCUUUUCUCUUCCCUUCCUCACCCCUCCCCAGUAAUUUCAGCAUUAACGAUUUUAAGCCCUUACAUUAUGUCCAUCUUAAUGAAAGGAAAAGGGCACACUUUGUUUCAAGAUACAUUAUACAAAAAAGUAGUUUUAGCGUUGAGUUAAGAAUGGCCUGCUGUCCAUGAAGGGUUUGUAACUGGAAGUCCAGCAUUCUAGUCCAUAUGCCUGUACAACAUAGGAAAUGGGCCAGAUCAUCAAAGUAACCACCCUUCUUCCGCAUGUGGAUCUUAACCUUUUCCUCUCCCACUUUCUUUCAAUGCUUGCUCAUGUAUACUUUCUGGUUCUGUUUUCUACAGCCAGUAAGCAUGGUAGUUUUGUUUCAGUCACCUACUAAGGGUGAUUGCACGUGGUCCUUCAGCUGAAACUUUGCUGAAAAACUCCCAUACGACUGCAGUUCCACGGAUUGUCGGCCAGUGGGGUCUUUUGCUGUGGUCUCUGAAGCUCUUUUCCUAUCACUCUAGAUUUUCUUGGCAGUCCUACUGCCACCUUCUCCUGGGCAGGCAAGCCGUGAAUGUGAAAGGUUGGGGGAAAUCUGGUUGCUUAUUUGCCCUGUUCCAAAAAGGUCUGAUUUUAAUCACUGCUUUCAUAGUGUUUAGCUACUAAAUACUGAUCAUAGUUCUCCAUUUACUGGGCUGCCAUAGAACUUUAGUAGGGCAUAGAAAUGUUACACCUUCACCACCAAGCAGAAUGCAAUAUUUAUAAUAGUAUUUAGCCUCUGCUAUUUUUAGUGAGGUUGCCCCCCCUUCUUCUCCCUUCAAGUUUAAGGUACCUUCAGUAAAAUAAACAACACUCCAUGCUUUUCCUCCAUCUUUGGUGAAGUUGACUUUCCUGGCUCAAAGGGAAAUCAAACAAAAUACUGCUUUUAUCUCUGCUAGGAAAUCCAUCUUCCUGUCACUGACCCAACCCCCUGCUGUAGAUUCCCUUCAAAGCUCACGUCCCCAGCACUGUUCAUAGCUAGAAUUAUGUGCAAAUUAUUUUGCACACAUUCCUGAUUUGCUGCUUAGCAUUAAAAUGUCUAAGUUGAGAGAGAAAUCGCACCAAUAAGUGGAAUGUUAAUUGUCUUGUUUGCUCCACUGACGGAUGAAACCAUCAUCCAUUAUUAUUAGUAGGCAAAAGUUCUCGCCCUUCCUCACCCACCCUUGGAGAUUCUUUACUAGGGCAUGCUGCUUGACUUUGUGGUUCACGCUAACACAUUUAUUUGGAGCCUAAAUAGGUUACAAAAGGGAAAGGAGGGCAAGAACCUGCCUAUCCAGAUUUGUACUCUUCCCCCUUGCACUACUGGCAUUAACUUGCUUUGCUUCAAAAAAGAUUAUUCUGCUAAUAACAGCAUUCUGAAGAGUUUUGAAUACGAUACUGGAAAUUUGCAGAAAACUCAGCCUUCUUCAUCCAAAACUUCAGUUUUCAUUAUUUUUUGCUAGCUUAUCUGUUGUAGUGGGAGGAAAUUGCAUGUUACACCUCAUUAGAACUUUGCUAGUUCUAUUACGGUGUCUUUUAUUGCUCUUUCUAGGGCCACGUUGUAACCUCAUCACCACCUAUUCUUCCUUACGUCUAUAGUUCCUCUGUGCAAAUGAAGACAAAACUUCUGUACCUUUAUGAACCAUGGAACAGAAUAGUUGGUACAGGUGGCAUUUGUCACACAGAUGCAAACUGCGUCUUCUAUGCAACUACUAAAGGUCCAGGAACCCUGUUUUCAUUGACAGCUAAUCAUGUUUUCUAGGCUCAUGCCUUUAUUUUAAUGCUGGCAAUCAGAUAAAUGAUUUAAAAAAUCUUGAAAAACCGAUUUUAAGACAAUCUGAUUAACAUUGCUUUCUUGUAAGUUUUAUUAAUAUAAAAGGAUGCUGCCUUUGUGGGAAGGAAAUCAAUUGCAAUCAAAACAGAAGUGUUUUCUGCCUGUAUGCCUUCCUUCAUCAACCUGUUUAAACUGUGAGCUCUUCAGUGCAGAUAGUCUUUAUCUGAAAUGUUAAAUAUCAUGGACAUCUGGGGACUAAUUAAACACGGCUUAAUUAAAAAUAGCAAACUUUGUCUUGUUUUUCUUUAUGGUAAAACAAAGCCUGCUUUUGUGUUAAUUGUUAAACAGGGUGAUUAUGUAAUAUAUAACUGAGUCAUUUUUUUUUUUUACCAAAAAUAACACAAAGGAUGGUAGCAGGUGUAAUCCUGGAACUAACCAACCUAUAAUCUUGAUUGAGAGAUUUGAGAGCAUCUGUGUAUUAGUUGUGGCAAACUAUUGGUUCAAGGCAGGUGUUAGGAAGCACUGUCCCAUGGGCUGGGGAGAACCUGCAGGGCUUUUGUAUCUGGCUCAGCUGCCUUUCCCAGGAUGAGGAAAAGCUAUUAUUUUUUGCCAGCUCCGUUGAUCAGCCUUUUAGUGCUUUGGGUGACAAAGGGAGCUUUUUUUAUCGUCACACAGCACUGAAAAGC